AUGACUGGGAGAGCCAGAGCGAGAGCAAGAGGAAGGGCUCGUGGUCAGGAGGCGGUGCAGCGCGUGGGCGCCGCUGCAAGUCAGCAGCCUGGUUACAUUCAGCCUAUACUGCAGCCGCCACCAGACGACGGGGAGUUAGUUGGCCGCGGACGACAGAGAGGAACAGUGGGAGCGACAGCCAAGACACAAGAACUCCAGAUAUCUGCUGGAUUUCAGGAGUUAUCAUUAGCAGACAGAGGAGGUCGUCGUAGAGACUUUCAUGAUCUUGGUGUGAAUACAAGACAGAACCUAGAUCAUGUUAAAGAAUCAAAAACAGGUUCUUCAGGUACUAUAGUAAGGCUAAGCACCAACCAUUUUCGAUUGACAUCCCGUCCCCAGUGGGCCUUAUAUCAGUAUCACGUUGACUAUAACCCAUUGAUGGAAGCCAGAAGACUCCGCUCAGCUCUUCUUUUUCAACAUGAAGAUUUAAUUGGAAGGUGUCAUGCUUUUGAUGGAACAAUAUUAUUUUUACCUAAAAGACUACAGCACAAGGUUACCGAAGUUUUUAGUCAGACCCGAAAUGGAGAGCACGUGAGGAUAACUGUCACCUUGACAAAUGAACUCCCGCCCACAUCACCAACUUGUUUGCAGUUCUAUAAUAUUAUUUUCAGGAGGCUUUUAAAGAUGAUGAAUUUGCAGCAGAUUGGACGGAAUUAUUAUAACCCAAGUGACCCAAUUGAUAUUCCAAAUCAUAGGUUGGUGAUUUGGCCUGGCUUCACUACUUCUAUUCUUCAGUAUGAAAAUAACAUCAUGCUUUGCACUGAUGUCAGUCAUAAAGUCCUUCGCAGUGAAACCGUUUUAGAUUUCAUGCUCAGCUUGUUUCAUCAAACUGAGGAGCAUAAAUUUCAAGAACACGUUUCCAAAGAGCUGAUAGGCUUAAUUGUUCUCACCAAGUAUAACAAUAAAACAUACAGAAUAGAUGAUAUUGACUGGGACCAGAAUCCGAAGAGUACCUUUAAGAAAGCUGAUGGCUCUGAAGUCAGUUUCUUAGAGUACUACAGGAAGCAAUAUAACCAAGAAAUCACCGACUUGAAGCAACCAGUUUUGGUCAGUCAGCCGAAGAGAACGAGAGGCCCUGGAGGCACAUCACCAGGCCCUGCGAUGCUUAUCCCUGAGCUCUGCUACCUCACAGGUCUAACUGAUAAAAUGCGUAAUGAUUUUAAUGUGAUGAAAGACUUGGCUGUUCAUACAAGACUAACUCCAGAACAAAGGCAGCGUGAAGUAGGAAGACUGAUUGACUACAUUCAUAAAGAUGAUAACGUGCAGAGGGAGCUUCGAGACUGGGGUCUGAGCUUCGACUCCAACUUACUGACCUUCUCGGGAAGAAUUCUGCAAGCAGAAAAGAUCUAUCAAGGUGGAAGAACAUUUGAUUACAGUCCACAGUUUGCAGAUUGGUCAAAGGAAACAAGAGGUGUACCAUUAAUUAGUGUUAAGCCACUAGAUAACUGGCUAUUGAUCUAUACUCGAAGAAAUUAUGAAGCAGCCAAUGCGUUGAUACAAAAUCUAUUUAAAGUUACACCAGCCAUGGGCAUACAAAUGAAGAAAGCAGUAAUGAUUGAAGUGGAUGAUAGAACGGAAGCCUAUUUAAGAGUCUUACAGCAGAAGGUCACAUCAGAUACCCAGAUAGUUGUUUGUCUGUUGUCAAGCAGUCGGAAGGACAAAUAUGAUGCUAUUAAAAAAUACUUAUGUACAGAUUGCCCUACUCCAAGUCAGUGUGUGGUGGCCCGAACCUUAGGCAGACCACAGACUGUCAUGGCCAUUGCUACGAAGAUCGCCCUGCAGAUGAGCUGCAAGAUGGGAGGAGCGCUCUGGAGGGUUGAUAUGCCUCUAAAGCUAGCCAUGAUAGUUGGCAUUGAUUGUUACCAUGACACCACAGCUGGACGGAGGUCAAUUGCAGGCUUUGUAGCAAGCAUCAAUGAAGGGAUGACCCGCUGGUUCUCUCGCUGUGUAUUUCAAGAUAGAGGGCAAGAGCUAGUAGAUGGGCUCAAAGUCUGCUUGCAAGCCGCUCUGAGGGCUUGGAAUAGCUGCAAUGAAUACAUGCCUAGUCGAAUUAUCGUGUAUCGGGAUGGCGUAGGAGACGGUCAACUUAAGACAUUGGUGAACUAUGAAGUGCCACAGUUUCUGGAUUGCCUGAGAUCCGUUGGUAGAGGUUACAACCCAAGACUAACGGUCAUUGUGGUGAAGAAACGAGUGAACGCCAGAUUUUUUGCUCAGUCUGGAGGAAGACCUCAAAAUCCACUUCCUGGAACAGUUAUUGAUGUAGAGGUUACCAGACCAGAAUGGUAUGAUUUCUUUAUCGUGAGCCAGGCAGUGAGAAGUGGCAGUGUUGCUCCCACACAUUACAACGUCAUCUAUGACAGCAGUGGCCUGAAGCCAGACCACAUACAGAGGUUAACUUACAAGCUAUGUCAUAUCUAUUAUAACUGGCCAGGCGUCAUCCGUGUUCCUGCCCCUUGCCAGUAUGCCCACAAACUGGCUUUCCUCGUUGGCCAGAGCGUUCACAGAGAGCCCAGCCUGUCACUGUCAAAUCAUCUUUACUACCUCUAA